GGCUACUGUAUUCACUCAGAGGGACAUUGACCAAGGGCGACUGGUAUUCCACCAACAGGCAUGGGGAUGCUGAAUGACUCCUUCACUUUCUUGCUCAGGGCAGAUCAUGUAGAGCCAGUGAUAGGUUAUCUCCCCUUCACCACAGUGCCACCUGACCCCUCACUUUUGCAAACAUUUACACCAGAUGUUCCUUUAUUUGUCACUGGAGACAACCUUGUAACCUCAGUUCUCUCUCAGGAGAAGCCUGUGUUUUCCUCAGGACUCACGGCACAGACAGAAACUUUAGGGAAACUGACCCAGACCAGAUGGCAGAAAGCAGAUCCCUGGGGACAGCACAGUGGUGAAGAGCCCAGUAUGGAUGGAAAGUCUCUGCCAUCAAGGUCAUUUGGCCACCAGCCACCACUAAUAGUCAGCCGUUGGGCACCCAUGCAGCCCAGAGAAAGCAGGUACCCUCUGAUGGUCAUCAUACCCUUGGCUGCCAUGGUCUUCCUGCUGAUAGUGGCUGCAGUAGUUUUGUCUGUCUGGCUGUUGAGCCAAAAGGUAGAAAAGGCAAAACCCCUUAUCAAGCCCCAGACCAGCCUGGAACACACAACCCCAAGUCAUAGGCCAGAAAGGAGCAUAACGGUUUCCACUGUCACAGUGACACCCCUUCUACAAAGCUCCAGCAGCCCCCCAGUCUGUCUUUUCAGGGCCCCGCAGUGUGAACACAAAUGUCUCCUCCAGUGGCCGAGCCAGUGGACAAAUGUGCUGCUUGGAAGGUGUGGAUGA